AUGGAAGCUUUCGAUCAGCCUCUUAGCGCGGUCUGGACGCAGUAUCCUCAAAUAGCAGGCAUCGUUGUCGGAGCUAUGGUCGUUCGGCAAAAGGUUGAUGGAAGCAGUCUAGAGACUCUUAUCCUUCGGCGGAUAGCAACAGAUACCUUUCCGUUGAAAUGGGAAACACCUGGAGGUGGUGCCGAUUCAAGUGUUGACAAGACUCUCACGGAUACAGCGAUACGAGAGCUUCGAGAAGAAACCGGUCUUCAGGCGGAACGUAUCAUCUGUCCGAUUGAGAUCAGUGAUUCGGACGAGAGCAGAUUGUCCGCGAACAGAACAGGCAGAGCAAGCAUCCACGGCACUUUCAUUUUUACGGACGACGAGGGCAGCGACUGGGCCGUCACAACGUUUCUGGUCGAAGUUGACUACGGCCGAAGUCCGAUUACAAUCGACCCGCUGGAGCAUUCAGAAUAUGCUUGGAUUACCGAAGAAGAGGCUCGAAACAAUUCCUUCUCGUCAAGUAUAGGGAAAGACCAAAGAACUCUGGAAUUCGUCAGUCAGCCGAUGAGGAAGACCAUCUUGGAAGGAUUCAGGAUCGCCGCUCGUUGA